AUGGCAGAGGAAGUAUGCUUUGAGCAUCAUCCUGUCCAGCCUCACACUGAGGUUGACAUGACAGAUGAUGAAAUUCAGAAGCUGCUUCAUGAAGCAGAAAACCGGCUUCGAGCUCCUGGAUCGAAACCAACCCAGGAUUCAAGACUCCAGAUGUCCAAGGGGAAUGAAAACGAAGAUGCAUCUUCUCUCAUUCCGAAGUUAUCAACGAAUCAUUCCCUGCAACCAUACGUACACGAGACAAAUGAAGUCGCCAUGCUCGAUCCUCUUCGUAUAAGCGAUUCCCGACAAAAGAACGUGCCCAACUUCGAUCCAACCAAGACUAGGACGAACACUUCAGGAAAGAAGAAGGAAAAACCUUCUGCAGGAGAUGAUUGGUUUAAUCUUCCAAAGACAGAAAUGACACCAGAGUUGAAAAGAGAUUUACAGCUCCUUCGGAUGCGUUCAGUUCUAGACCCAAAAAGACACUACAAAAAAGAAGGGAAAGCGAAACCUCCAGAGUUCUCCCAAGUGGGAACAAUAGUCGAGGGACCAACCGAGUUUUUCAAUGGGCGUAUUGCAAAGAAAGAUCGCAAGAGAACCUUUGUGGAAGAGGCUAUGGCUUUGGAGCGCGAAACAAGACGUUUCGAAUCCAAAUACAACGAUAUCCAGACCACGAAGCGAAGCGGCAAGAAAGCAUUUUACAAAGAUCUACGGUCGAAGAGAGGCCGUAAAAACACGUGA